UAAACCAACUGUUUUCUCUCUCUCUCAACUAACCCCUUCUCUUUGCUACUUCUUCUUUCAUUCUCUUUUAUAUCAAAUGUCAAUCCAUAAUCUUCACCCAACUUCACUAUUUUUCAUUCCAAUUACAAUUAUUAUUACAUCAACUAUUUUCAUCCUUAAUCUCAACAAAAACAUCAUCAACAACAACACCAACUUGUGCAACCAAAUACUAUCUCCUAGUUAACAAAAAACAAAUUUGGUCAAGAAAGUUGAGAGCUUUAUUAUUGUUGUUGGUUUUGGUUUGAAUGGGGAUUGAGAGAAACUUGGCUGAUAGAAAAGGAAAAGAUUUUUGUGAAUUGCCAAAGGAAACAAUUACUAACAGCAGGUCAAGGAGGAACCGGCGGCGUUCUUCUAAGAAGAUGCCGCCGGUUCAGAAACUUUUUGAGACUUGUAAGGAAGUCUUUGCAUCUAGUGGGACAGGAAUUGUUCCUCCAACUCAGGACAUUGACAAAUUGCGGUCUGUUUUAGACGGAAUAAAACCAGAAGAUGUUGAUUUGAGACCUGAUAUGCCAUAUUUCAUGGCAAAUGCCUCUCACAGAAGGCCAAAAAUUACGUACCUACACAUUUAUGAGUGUGAGAAGUUUUCCAUGGGAAUAUUUUGUUUGCCACCAUCUGGUGUUAUUCCUCUUCAUAAUCAUCCUGGAAUGACAGUUUUUAGUAAGCUGCUUUUUGGAACUAUGCACAUCAAAUCAUAUGAUUGGGUUGUUGACUUGCCUCCUGAAUCUCCAACCACUGUCAAACCCUCAGAAUGUCCUGAGUUGAGGUUAGCAAAAGUAAAGGUUGAUGCUGAUUUUACUGCUCCUUGUAACCCUUCAAUCUUAUAUCCUGAGGAUGGUGGAAACUUACACUGUUUCACAGCAGUGACAGCUUGUGCAGUUCUUGAUGUUCUUGGUCCUCCAUAUUCUGAUUUUGAUGGCAGACACUGCACAUACUAUACUAAUUACCCUUUUCCCGACUUUUCAGGCAAUCCAGGUCCCACAUGUCAUAUGUCAAUAUUUGUAUAUGCACCGGACCCGCAUAAACAUUAAUUAUAUCUAUUGUACUCAAAAUUGACAUGUCACUUUUAAUGUGCAUAAUUGGUAUGCUAAACUAAUUAAACUAAACUAUACAUUUUCAUGAAAUUUCAGUUGAGGGACUAUCCAUACCAGAAGAGGAAAAGAAUGUUUAUGAAUGGCUGCAAGAAAAGGACCAACUAGAAGACUUAAAAGUUGAAGGAAAAAUGUACAGUGGUCCAACUAUUGUGGAGAACUAGCCAAUCAUAUUCUCUGUCUCACAUAUACAAAUCAUCUUUCAGUUCUUGUAUUCAUUUUCUAUUUUCAAAUAUCUCUACAGAAAAAAGAAAAGAAAAAAAAAGAGAAGAUCUAUCAAUCUUGCAGAUUUCAUGCUGGUCUUGUUUGUUGAUGUACUUUUUGCUGGUGCUUUUUUCUUCUCCUUUGAAAAGGAGAAAUGUUGCUAAUAGAAGCACCAUGUUUUUAGCCAUCAAUAUAGAAUUAGUUUAAUUUGUUGUUGAAAUUAUAAAAUAAUGUUAUAUUUGUUUUUGUUGAAAUAGUAGUAUAUUUUUUAUUUUA